UCUCUUGUUGGAAAGCAACCAGUGACGCUUAUAAGCGCGUGAGUGCCCAAAAGAAAUACAGUCUAAGUCCGAAUAAAAUAAUAAGAAAUACAUUCUACGCCUUUGGGUCAGCUUACGAAAUAAUAACAAGACUGUACGCCUAUUGUUACAUACACGCUUAGUAAGGAUGAAUCUCUCUUCGGACGAUUCGGUCAAUGCAAACAACACACUACACAAGAAUGUACAAGUGAAGAUAGAACCCGGCACAUCUUCGCUAUCCUCAGACAGCGGAGUAUUGAAAAAUAUCAAAAUGGAACCUGGUUUGCCCAGUACAGCACAGAGGUUAACAUCCUAUCGUUUACCUCGAGAUUUAACAUUAGGUGGAAAUGUGAAGACUGAAAAAUCGAAGAAAAUUUACAUGCCAAACCUCAAUGCUCAACGGAACAGGAAGAAGGAUGAACCGGUAACAUCUAAGGUUGAAACCACAAAAUCAAAAGACAGUGGGUCCAGAGAUCGUGGAAGAGGACGAGAUAGAGGACGUGGCAGAGGAAAUCUAAUACAAUCUGUGGGUGUAUGGUCAGAAGGAAUAAAUGCACCUGCAACUGCUAGAAGAUAUACUGGUAGUUCAGGAAAUAGUGGUACAAGUACAAGAAAAUAUCUGGAAAAACCAAAGUUAAAUUUAAAUAAAGUAGUCAAUAAAGAGGAAGAAAAAGAAAAAUUGAAGAAUCUGAUAGGGGAUGAUGAUGAUGAGGAUCCUAAUGAGAAAGCUGAUUAUAUAAUGUUGCCUAUGAAUGAACAGUACUAUAGAAAAUUAUAUAAAAAGGAGUUCAGAGUGAAUAUCAAUCCAUAUUCUGACGAAAAUGAUGUUGACAGAAAACCAAUUAUUUCAGAAAAUGGUGAAGUGAUAACCGUGAAAAAUGAACAAAAAGUAAACAUGGAGAUAUUAAAAGAAGAAAAAAAAGAACCAAGCCAACAAUUUUUUGACAUGAUUGAAAACAAGUCUAAUUCUUAUAUAUUGCUGCAACUCCCAACUUUACCAGGCCUGAGAUCUGAAGAUGAAAAAGAGGAACCGAAAUCAAAACGGCCAAACGACUCUAGGCUAACCACUAAUACAAAUAAUAUAGAGAACUCUGCAUGCAGCCUGAAUGAAUUAAAUAGCGGUCUCCUAGGUAAACUUGAAAUUCUGAGGUCCGGUAAAGCGAGAUUACGGCUAGGCGAAAACUAUUUGGAUGUUACCACUGGCACACACUUUAGUGCCCUCCAGCAUGUUGUAGCUGUAAAAAUGGACAACAUGUCAUUAACUGGAGACCUUGUCAACCUAGGCCCAGUAACAGACUCGCUAGUGUGUUCAGUAGAUGUUGAUUAUUUGACUAAAUGAAUUUGUAUGUAGAUGAUAAAAUUAUAAUAAAACUAUAAAUAUGUCUAUUAUUAUUAAUAAUAACUAAUAAUAAUUAUUAAUAAACUUAUUUUCACCAA